AUGGGGAAGAAAAAAAAACUCAGUGAAGACCUUCGACAGCGUCUUGUGCAAGCCCACAGUGAGGGAAAGGGCUACAAGGCCAUUGCUAAGCAGUGCAGUGUUCCUGUGGCAACCGUCCAGAGUGUAAUUAAUAAGUACAAGCGGUUCAACACUGUUAAGAACCUCGGUGGGCGUGGCAGGAAGCGUACGGUGUCCACCAAACGUGCGAAGAAAAUCUGCCGAGAGGUCAGCAACAAUCCCCUACGUAAAGAACGUGAACAGGCAGAGACGAAGGUGUCACGGUCCACCAUCGAGCGAGUUUUGCACAGAGGAGGUCUCCAUGGACGCAGGCCUCGAAAGACACCGCUGCUCAAGAAGAAUCAUCUGAAGGCUCGCCUGGCCUUUGCUAGAGGCCAUAUACAGCAAGAUUCCAGCUUCUGGUCAACCAUCCUGUGGUCUGAUGAGACGAAGUUGGAGUUGUUUGGCCACAUGGAUGCUGAAUAA